UUACACAAGGCAUCUCGAAUAUCAUUCACACAUAAGUCAUACAUAAACAUACAUAAUAAGCAAUUCAAUACGCAGCAGAAAACAUAGUUUGAAAACAAAUGCCACACGGGGCAAACAUGAGCACACUGGCUCUAUAGUGAAAAAAUAUUCAUGAGCAUGUUUAUAAAUGUUCAAAAACAGAAUGGAGGAAGCACGAACCAAGUCUUCUCUCCAAGAUGAUCAUCCGAGCAACGAGCACAGGUAGCAAGCUCUAGCCUCAACCUGAAAUGGAGGUGGGAAGCCCCCCGAAAGGGGGUCAGUACUCUAUACGGCUAUAAAGUACUGGUGUGGAUGGCAUCUAAUAGAUAUACAACAAGUAUUUCAAACACAAGACCCUCAAAUAGGGUGAUAAUAUAAUCUAGGCCGUAACCCCAAGUUACCCAUUUUCAAAAUAUACUUACUUUAUGUAUAAAGUCAAGUAGUCGACCCGUAGGCCCAAAGUUUGUUUACAAAACAUCAACCCAGUACCCCGUGACUACCAGUCACGACAAUUCAUAGGGUCCAACCCUAACACAUAUGUUUGCAUUUCUAGAGUCCAACUCAAGUACAUCACCAUGCAAAUCAUAUGACACAAGUUAAUUACUCCACCGUGCAUUUCUAGAGUCCAACUUAAGUACAUCACCAUGCACACCAUAGGCUGCAACUUAAAAUAUCUCAUGCAUUUCUAGAGUCCAACUCAAGUACAUCACCAUGCAUGUCAUCAAUCACAACCCCUUGUCUACCCAUGCACUUCUAGAGUCCAACUCAAGUACAUCACUGUGCCAUGGCAUAGACUCAAUUCCUAAGCAAACCUAUUCCUAGAAUUGAGAUAUCAAUAAUCUAUUUUGGGACAUCCUUACGGACUUCCCAUAACAUGAUCUUAGCUUCAUACUAAAUCAAUUAAGUCACUUGAAUCACAUUCAAGCACAUCACUUACAAUCAAAUUCUUAGAUUCAAUUCCUUGACAAUUACAAACAAUCAUUAACUAGUAAUUCAAUACUAUUAAGAUUAUUCUUAUACAUAAAAUAUUCUAAUUGUAAGUCCCUACAUAUCUAGAGAUAUGUAACAACAACUUAAGCAUCCAAUGUAAUACAUAAAUAUUCAUUUAUGUAUCUACACAAUUCACACAUGAGUAAAAAUGCCUAUUUUACAUAAUAGUUCAUUUAACUCCAUUUUUCCAAAUCAUUUCCAAUUCCAUUCCUUAUCAAAUAUAUCCAUAUUUCAUCAAUAAUAAAUCUUCAUAAUCCAUGAAAAACUUGAUUAUGCAUUUAGGUAAUCUCAUGCUUAACCUACAAGUUGUAAGCAACUAGAUGUCGAUCCUCACCUCAAAUGAGCUUUAAAUUGUUCCUUCUCAAUCCAAUGCUCAAGAUUCGGCCAAGGGAGUUUGAGAAUUGAUUCCUUGUUUAUAAAUUAGUUUUAAAUAGCCUCCUCAAGGUGCUAGCUCAACUCCUAACCAAAGACACGAAAACAGUCCCUAGAACAUGUGUUUUCAGACGAGUUCGGUUCCUAACCUUUCAAGGUUUGUUCUAGGUUAGUAUCUAACCUUUACAACAAAUAAAGUAACCUUAUAAUAAAAUUUUAUACACUUGAAAUAGUGUAUAAUAGUUCUUCAAUCAUUUAUAUGAUUUAGACAAUAGAAAGGAAAGUUUUGGAUUCAAACUUACUUUGAAUACAAAAAUGUAUUCAGCGAGGUAUCAUUUUCUUUCGAUGAUUUGGAGACCUUACACUGCUCCGUUUGAUGCAAACCGCACCUCUAUGGAUUCCUUAUCUUGAGAGAUUUCUUUGUACACCUCACAUGCCUUAUUUGGACGAGUGUGGCUUGAUAUAUGUAUCAAAUAGUGUUGGGAAUAUUUUAUGGUGUCCAAUCUAAUUAAAUAUCUUUCUAUGUGUGUAGUUAUUAGUUAAAUGUGUAAUAUGGGCCACAAAUGUAUUUCAGCCCAUUAACUCACUUGUUUAGGUGUGGUUCAUAUUUAUAGGCUCAGAAGUUCCCAAGGAGUUUAGGUGUGAGAUUGCUUAAAAGAUUCCUUUUCUCCCCACACUUGGAUAAGUAAAUUUUUUAUAAAACUCCCACUUGAAGAGCUAAUUUUGAGCCCAUUUCAAUUUUUGAGAUCUAAUCUUCAACACCAAAGGUCAACCUUACAAUCAAAUCUUCAAAGAGUCAACCUUGAGAUUAAAAAAAAAUUAAUUAAUUAAUUAAUUAAUUAGUUAAUUAAAAAAAAUCUCAAGGUUAAGACUAUUUUUUCUCAAGGUCCAAACCACAUUUCAAGGUCCAGAAAAUUGCAUAAACUUCAAUCAACCUCACGUCUACGGUCAACAUUCAACAAUCAACAACAAUGGACGCUAUAUCUCCUUGUUCAUGUAUUUGUCAAACUCAUUCUUCAAAAGAUAAGGACAAAAUUAUCAAGGAAUUGGAAGAGAGAUUAGCAAAUAAUCACAAAGUCCUACUGAAGCAGCUGGAUAAGUCCACCUCAUUGAGUAUACAAUUGGACAAUUCCAAAGAAAAGGUUAAUAAAAUAACUUUGGAAAAAGAGAAGCUGACUCUGAAAAUAGUUGAUCUAACAAAGGAGUUGAAUCAGACCCAGAUAGAGCUAAGCACAUCAAAAGCUGAUAACGAUUUUCUUCAAAAUAAAAGAAGUACCCUUUACCGCAAGAUCAAAGAUCUUGAAGACUUACUUGCUAUAAAGGGGAAGACUGAACAAACAAUCUUCUUGAACCAACCCAAAGACACCCGUUUCUAUAAUUCUAAAGAAGGACUCGGUUUAUCUAACCCAUGUAAUUUGAAGAAGGUGAAUUGUGCUCAACUGUAUGACAUCAAUUAUAUGGGUCUUGGACUGACUAAGUUGAUGUCUUUCCUCAGUGUUAAAGAAACAAAUGAUGAAGAAGAUGCCAAGAGAGCUAAUCUCGGAACAGAAAUUCCUUUUGAUUAUGCUGCCUUGAACGAGAGCUAUGAAAGAAAAGAGCCCCCGUUGACUCCUCCUGAAGAGAUUCCAACCUUUUACCCUGCAAAAGAGACUGUGCAAGAUCAAUAGGAACCUUCAACUUCAGAGCUUGUAGCCAAACCAGCAUACAUUCCACCCCUUGUGAGAAAGUUUGCUGAAUUGAAAGAAGCUUUUGAUAAAGAAAAACAAGCUUUUGAACUAGAAAGAGAACAACUCUUGAAUGAAAUAUCUUUGCUCCAAACAUCCUCUCAAUCAAGCACAGGCGCACAAUCUCUUUCUCCUCCAUCAUCUGAAAACUGUGCUUCUCCUUCUCCUCCGUCUUCUGAGAACUCUUCUGAAAAAUCUACAAAUGAUCCUGAAACUUCCACUUCUCACUCUGAGUCACCUUCACCGACAAGGGCCCCUGUGAAGAGGAGAGUGGAAAGGAGAGGAGAAUGGAUAGAGGACAAGUUAAGAAGAAGAAAGAAGGAAGAAGAAUCUCGUCUGAGGGAUAGGAACUGGGGUUCAAGUGCUCUCUUCUAUGCCAAAAGGAAGACAUCUCCUAAGAAUCACUGCUCAAGCUCUUCUACUCAAAACUGUAUCAAGUCUUUCAUGCAAUGCUGCUCUGAGUCUGAUGCCUCCUUCACUCAAGAUCAGAAAGUGAAUGAUCAGAGAGUCCAAAAGAAAUCCGCUUCUACAAAGGUGAACGUUGAGGGAGAGUAUACACUACCAUGUUUGAAAUAUCCCCUCAAGGUUCACUCAUUCAAACAUUUGAGAAGACUCUCUAAAGAACCAAUUCUCAAAGACUACUUGUCUGAUCAUUCACUCAGUGAUAAUGAAACCUCUCCUGCUCAAAAGCUCAAACAAAAAUGGAUUCCUAAGACUGAAGCUGAAAAAUUAAGAAUGUCAAACUCCUCUCAGUCAACUAGCUUAGGAUCCUAGAUUAAACAGAAAGUGAAAGAGUUGUUCGCUGUUGCCAAGGAAGGACCUAUCUGGAAAUGGGCACCGAAACAUACUUAAUAUGUGUUGAAGGUCCGUCAUGUGUGGUAACUGACCCGAUUGCUCCACACACAUGGCGGGUAUGAAGACGAACCGCGAGCAAUCAAUCGAUGCACAUUAUCAAGGAGAGUAUUGACAUGUAUACUCUCCAACGAGCUGAAAAUCAUCAAAUGCACACCUCAACACCAACACGUUCCAAGAACAAACAACGAGUGCAUAUUCUGAGCGGGGGUGUUUCUUUUUCUAUCCUCCUGGUGCUAAACAACAAAGAAAGCACAUUCCAAGGGGGAAUUUUCUACUUUAUUCCCCAGGUAACAAACAACACAACUUGCAACUUUUGAGGGGGAGUUUCAUUUUUCUCCUCCAGGUGCUAGACAAUGUAAAGUGCAAGGAUUCUCUCAAGGAUGCAGAUUUUAAGGGGGAGUUUUCAAAAUUCUCCUCCAAAGUGCCAAUCAUCAUAAAAGGCAUCCUACUGAAUGCUCCAGUUGAGGGGGAGCACGGAGAGAAAAGAUCAAAGAAAAUUGAGAGAUAAGUCCUAAUGGCUUAGUAAACCCAACUAAGCCUACCCAAGGGACAAAGCCGAGAGUGAGUGAGUAGCUGAGUGAACACUAUGAGAGUGAGGAAGCAGAAAGCUCAAGUGAGCAAGAGAAAAAUAAUCACUGUCAAAUCAGCUACCUCUAUUGUGCUAUCAAUUGAGAAAAUUACUCCCAGUCACUCAAAUACUUUGGACAAUUCCCAUAGGUUCAGGACUGAAUUUAUUCAGAUCCCGGGUAGAAGUCGCUACAUUUUGUCCAAACAACGCAUGCACAACCUUACCUUAAACCACUCACGUGUCUCCCAACAGACAUGUGUUUAAUCAUAUUUCACGGGGAACCUCAUCUCUUAUCACCGCCUCCUUCUGAGGUGACUGAUACUGAUUACAGUGGCCCACAGCCCCACGCCACUGAACAUUCGAUGAUCACGUCGUGUCUAGUAAUCUCACUCCCAAAUGUUUUGAAUUUUCUAGGACACACACUUUUUAGAGUCAAUUGCAGGUCUUCAUGACCCGCGAGAACUUCCAUAGGGCUCAUCUACUAGAUGAAGACUAAUGAUUGGAAGGAAGUCCUGCUAUUGCAACACAGAAAUCACCAACAUGUUCAGGCCAUCGCUUCUGAGUUUAUCUCUAUAGUGAUGAUAACGGGCGUCUACACGACCCCGGGGGCUACGUUAUCUUUGCUGAUCUUUAUGAUCAUGCCAUAACAACCAGAGUGACAUCUACUUUAGAUGCUUCACAAUGACUGGUUGAAAGUCCUGUUAGAGCUUUAAUGCUUCUAUCAUUUUUACAGGCCACACAUCAGUGUUUACAUUGAUGUUGUGAUAAUGGAACACCUCAGUGUAUCCGGUUUUUAUCAUUUAACCUUUUUUUUGUUUUUUUUGUUGCCCAGAAUAAAAGAAUAAAGACAAGACGCCCCCGAUUCAUCAGAUCGUCAUGAGGGGGAAAGUUGUCCGCAUGCUGAUAACACUCAACAAAAAUCAUUCUCGGAUACUUUUCCUCCAACACAAAAAACGACGACUCUCUACUUUUUUAAAUCAUCAAGACUACCAAGUCAGCUUCACUUCAAAUGGACAGUUACUUUUCCGCUGUGCCACUGACGAGGUCUCCUCAAAAACAUUCACCUCAAAUAGUCAAAAAGACUACAUUGUGGAGGAGACGGAGGUCAGAUACUCGUGUACUGAAGAUGAAUCCCGUGCGCGCCUGAAAAUUAUCAGAACAUUCAUUCUAAAGGCGCCUUUGAACUUCAUUCAAGCUGAUCAAGAGCUGCUUCUGCAAGGCAAGGAUUACAAGCAAAAGAUUCCUCAACUCCCGGCAUCAAAGAUCAAAUUGAAAAGAAGACAUCAAAGGGGAGAUUGCAAGGAUUUCUUCAUAAAACCUUCUCAAGAAGUCAAGUUCAAAGACAAAGGAAGCUGAAUAACAACAAAGACAAAUAUAUCCGCGCUGGAAUGCUGAUUGAACAUGAUUGAACACCAAGGGGAAGAUUUUUGGGAAUAUUUUAUGGUGUCCAAUCUAAUUAAAUAUCUUUCUAUUUGUGUAGUUAUUAGUUAAAUGUGUAAUAUGGGCCACAAAUGUAUUUCAUCCCAUUAGCCCACUUGUAAGCCUUAAGUUAGACAUCCUUAUGUAUAAAGGAUGCUAACUUAAGCAAACCCUAACUCUCACACAACUCUCACAUAAGCCUCAAUGCACAUAUCAUUUUUAGUGAGAAGGGAGAAAAACGCCGUUUAUACCCUAUUCUGUAUUUCGACAUCUUUAUUGGUAUUGAAUCGGAUCAUCGUUUCUUCUGUACUCUUUAUAUUGUUUGUAUGAUUGUUGAUUGAUAUUGGGACUAACAAAUAGUGAACUCCACGAACUGGAAAAUAUCCCUGCGGCCAGCUCCCUUUUCUCUUUUUUUCUUGAGUUGUGUGGCUCCUCUUCCCUCCCUUAUCUUUUGUAGUUCAAAUGGUAGGUGGUAGGAAGCUCUCAAGGCUCUCAAAUAAUGUUAUCUUCUUAAAAUGGUUGGAAGAGAACAAGGGUAAGAGAGGGUAUGGUCUCCAUGAGAUGUAUUUGACAUGUGUGGGUCUUCCUCCUUGAUUUCUUUUGUCAAGUUCAACCCCAAGUCAAAUAUGGCCGCCCCUACCCCCAUAUAACAUGAUCUUUCCUUGUCUUGCAGGUUCUAGGAAGGUGUGGGACGCACCCUUAUGUCCCAUAAUUAUUUUGGGAGCAAAAUAUCUACCAAUACAUCCAAAAAAAGGAAAGAUGAGUCCUAUUGUUUGUAUCUUUUGUCAUAAGAUGUCUUUUUGUACUCAUUCUAAUUUAUUUAGAACAAGUCAACUAUUAACAUCAUAUUAUUGGUCUCUAAUAUGUGUAGGAAAAUCCCAAUAAUUUAUAUGAUGUAUAAUUAUAUAAGAAAACCUUAUUCCCACUACUUAGUUCAAUAAUGCUUAAGGUGGGACCAUAGAGGUUUGUAUUCUUCUCUAACCAACGCAUUCACUUAUUUGUGACCAUUGACUUUAUAUUCCUGGGCUACAAGCCGUGUGGAUCAUCCUCGAGUGGGUCUAGGGUGCCAUUCUUGAACACUUGCUAUUUUUAGCAGAUUAGGUCCAAAAUAACAUUUGGGCUGCCCGACCGUUCUUAUUUUGCAUCGAAGGGUUACGUAUCCUUAUUUACAUGGUGUUGGGCUCUUAUAUCUAAUUAGAUUGCCCAAUUAAGUAUUUGUAAGCCUAUUACUAUUAUAUGAGCCCAAACUGUAAUAUAAUUAAUCAUGCAUCACGUAAAACAUUAAUCGUUUUACAAUUGUUCAAUAAUAGGGAAAUUCAAUACAUAAGCUUUGAAUUUUAAAUUUGAAUUUCAAGGACGCUCGGGUGCGAUGUCACAGCUGAGAGGCUGAUUGUAAUGCAUAAGACGGUGAUCCUCCCUCUGUAAAGGCAUGGGCGGACCCGACCGUGAACUGGAUAUGAUGGUGCUGAGAGGCUGAUCAUACUGCAAAAGAUGGUGAUCCUCCCCUGUAAAGGCGUGGGUGGACCUGACCGUGAACUGGAUACGAUGGCGUUGAGGGGCCGAUUGUACUGCAAAAGAUGGUGAUCCUCUCCAUGUAAAGGCAUGGGCAGACCCGACCGUGAUCAAGAAUGUGUGAGGGUCUUACAGGCGCCCUUUGCCUCCUGGUGGGUGAUGCUUUUCUCACGGCCCUCGGCCAUGAUGGUCUCCUUGAGGCCCUCGGCCUCCUGGUAGAAGAUGCUCGUCUCACGGCCCUCGGCCAUGACGGUCUCCUCUAGCGGCCAUGAACGCCCCAACCAUGAACGUCUCUGCGCCUCAUGCUGAACGUCGUUGACCUCCCCGCUCAAAUUUAUCGAAUGGCUUUGAAUGAUUCUCUUUACGUUGCAAGUCAUGAAUGUUUCUGCGCUUCAUGCCGAACGUCAUUGAUCUCCCCGCUCGAGUCUAUCGAACGACUUUGAAUGAUUCUCUUUACGUUGCCAGUCAUGAACGUCUCUGCGCUUCAUGCCGAACGUCAUUGAUCUCCCCGCUCGAGUCUAUCGAACAGCUUUCACUACACAAUAAGUAUGGUAAUACGGUCGUACGACCGAACAACAUAUACAAGCAUAUACAUAAACACAUGCGCAAUACUCAUGACUACCGAUCAAAGUGGUAUAAUAACUCUUGGCCUAGAUUCAUUUUUUGCACUGCCCAGACACUAGAACCACCUAGUGGUUUGUCGGGCGCUCUCAAAAAAGCUCUAGCUAAUUAAAGUACGUACUUGGCCCAUACUGGGUAUAGUUGCCCUUCAGACACUCUAUAUCGAGCGGGACCAUGAAUGGUCUCAAAAUUAAAAUGUGUCACCAGAGUAACGCCUGCGGAUAAGCUCCGGUUUCUAAUUAAAGCCGAUCGGGAUGGGCCGAUAGGCCCUACUAAAACCAAUCAUUUAACUAAUCGAUGGUGAAGUCUCGUCCGACAUUAUUUUAUUCGGGGUUUUAUAAUCCCUACGAAUGAUGGUGAUGUGUAAUUCAUAGUAGAAUACUACAUCAAGUUGUUAAUAUUUCCAUGAGUGACCCGCCCUAGCCGAGUGGGUCCAUAGAUGUAACACCGUCCCCAAAUUAUAUUUACUUUUUAGUAAAUAAUGUAUUAAACACUAUGGAAUGAUCAAUGAAUUUAUGAAGUGUUAAAUUUUUAUUAAUUCUUUCGCGUGAAUAGUAAAUUGUACGUGGGACCCACAUCGGGGGCGGGGACCACCCAACAUCCCUGAGAUCACAUAUUUUAUUCAUCUUAGUAAAGAUAAUAUUUGUAUGGUGGUGGAUAUUUUAUUUGGGUCGUGGAAAGGCCCAGAGUUGACCGAUUGGACAAAAGAGGCCCAAAUACCGGUACCGACAAUUUAACAGAUAACAGUCCGGAAAUGGAUUUCGGAGACUUCUUAAUUAAAGUUUUGGAAUAUAUAUUAUUUCAAAAAGGCCUUACGAUGGAUAACACUUAACAUAUUUUAUUUUACCCGAUAAAAUAAAAUAUAAUUAAAACAGUCCGAAAAAUACAACUUUCGGGACCGAUUGUACCCACCGGGACACAAAGGGAUGACCUCCCACAUGAGUGGGAGCCACCCCACGUUUUUUAUGCUCAAAUGGACCAAGUGAAGGCCAAUAGUACACAUGAUGGGAGGGGAGACAUUUGGAGACAUUAAAAGGGCCCCUCUCUCACUUAUUAGCUAAAUGAGACAAAAGAAACCCAUCCCCCUCCUUCCUCAUCAUUGUGCUCGACCAAGGAAUCAAAGAGGAGCAAGAGAGAGCUCUCAAACCAGCCUCCAUUGUUGCAGCAUGAGCUCAAGAAGAAAGUGGUCCAAAAGAGAGGAUUUAAGAAGGAAAAAGUGAGGAAAAGCUUGGAUAAUUAAGGAAAUGACCUUAUAAUAACUUUUCCCUCUAUUCCUUAGCUAUCAUAUGGUUUAUAUAGCAUAUGAGGAACCCUUUUUGUAGUUCUAUAUAUUUACAUAUGUAGAAAGAUGGAUUGAAAGGUGAUUCAAAGUCCAAGAACGGACUUAUAACCAAAAUGACCGGUUUGCCGGAAAAUAACCUUUUAAAGGUUAUUUGUAUUGAUAUGGGUUGUAUGAUGAUAAAACCUUGUUAGGAACUUGACUAAAGGGUUUCUAGAGUUCGCUGGAGUUUCGCCGGAGUUUCGUCGGAGUCCAACUAAGAAGAGUAGAACUUCUUAAAGCCCAUUUGAGGUGAGUGGACGGCUUAAUAUCUUAUAACUUUUGGGUUAAUUAUGAGAUUACCUAAAUAAAUGUUAUAUGUGUUCAUAAUUAUGUUUAAAGGAUAUUUAAACAUGUGAUUAGUCAACAUGGUUAAGUUUGUAUGAAAGGAAUGAAUUGUUUAUGCAUGAAAUAUGACAUGAGGAAUUAUAUAAAAUGCAUAUUUGCUUGAAGUGUAAGAGAAGCACAAACGAAUAUUAUUAACUUAAUUAUAUGACGAUUAAGUUGAUACGUACAAGGCUUGAAAUGGCGGUCAACGAAAACGUUGACCGAUGGAUAAUGGAUUAAUUAAUACCGAUUGGUAUUAGUUAAUUAUAAAUUUAUAUAAAUGCAUGGUUUUGCAUGGAUUGUGAUCCAUAAGCUUUAUGUAUUGAUUUAGCUAUGAAUGAAUAAAUAUGAUAUAGACCCCAUCUAGGUUGAUAGGAGGUUGAUCAUAGGAUUAUAUUUUGAUGGAGGACCCUAGGACUUAAAAUCCUUAACACUCAUAUUUUGGUGGAGGACCCUAGGACUUAAAGUCCUUAACACUCAUAUUUUGGUGGAGGACCCUAGGACUUAAAGUCCUUAACACUCAUAUUUCGGUGGAGGACCCUAGGACUUAAAGUCCUUAACACUCAUAUUUUGGUGGAGGACCAUAAAACUUAAAGUUCUUAACACUCGGAUUAUACAUUGGUGGAGGACCCUAGGACUUAAAGUCCUUAACACUCAAAUUAUAUAUUGGUGGAGGACCCUAGAACUUAACGUUCUUAACACUCGGAUUAUAUAUUGGUGGAGGACCCUAGGACGAAAAGUCCUUAACACUCGGAUUAUAAAUUGGUGGAGUACCCAAGGAUUAUGAUCCUAAAAACUCAUAGGUUAUGGUAUAUAAGUAUGGACAAGGAGGAGUCCUAUACACUCAUAGGCAUAUGGGUGGGUUGGGUUUUUUAGUCAAGAAUAUCGACUAUUAAUAUUUUCCCAAAUAAAACGGUGAUCUACGGAUCGGGUAUUUUCCAAGUGUAUAUGUACUAUUAAGUAUUUCUUAACUUGGGGGAAAAGACUAUUUAUAUAAGUAUCACCCUAUGUUUGGGUCUUAUACUUGAAACGCUAGUUAUUCUAUAUUUAGCCUGCUACUCACUCGGUACUUGUACUGACCCUUUCGAGGGGCCCACCGUUUUCAGGUUGAAGCUAGGGCUUACUACCUGCACCUUUCUACGGGUGACAUCAAAUCAAGGAAGACGUGGUUCAUGUUUCCUCGUUUCCUUUCAAAUUACCAAACAUUGCUCAUGGAUACUUUUAUUUAUUAUAGACUACUUUUGGGCUUGCGUGCCCAUGUUAUUGGCCGAAUGUGGCCUAUGAUUUACUGCUGAAUAUUUCCGCUAUUCAAUGGUUUAAUUGUGAUGUUUGUUAUGUAUGUUUACUACUGAGUAUGGAUGGAUUGUUUUCUCGAACGCCUUGUAUGAUUAUACGGCGAUUGUACACGCGCUUAGAUUGCGGUCUGAGGUGUGACAAUAGAUGCUCCGACCACCAAUUAAGGUCGAUCGGGGUGGCCAACGGCCUCACUAAAAACAAUCAUUUAUCUAAAUGACGGUGAAGUCAUCACCAGAGCUUCUCGCGGUCCCUAUUUAGUUUGGGAAAAUUUAAUCCCUAAUAGAUAAUGGUGAUACAUAAACAUAAUAGCAAUACUAUCGAGCAACAGUUCAAGUAGGCGAGAAAAUGGUGGUACUUAGCUCUUGGUGGUGUGCUGAAACACUCUUAUCGUCUUAUCGCUGGAGAUAAAUCCAGAAGAGUAUGCCUUAACAAUUCAUAGUGGUGGGCCAUGUCUCUCUUCCGUAUCCACUUAAUUGGAGAGAGGGUUCCAGAUUGCAAAUCCAGCAAAUCUCCCAAGCGUGUAGCUGCAUGAUCGAUUGUCAAAAAUAGCAAAACAGACCCGGCGCUGAAACUAGGAUGAGCCGGACUGUGAGGGUGCCGGACGGGAAGAUGCCGGACGGGAAGUCUCCCGACGGGAAGCUCCGAACGGUGGGGUGCCGGAAACUGGCCAGGCCAUGACCGAAUCUGGCGUUCAUACCGUGCGGGAGGUUCCCUUCCGAUUUGCCCUCGCUACUCAAACCCACUAGCCGCUGGCCUGGAAAAUUUUAAGACCGAGCAGCAAACUCAUUCUGGUAGCCAGAGAUCUUCGAGCGAGCAGCGUGCAAAAAUUUCCCCGACGAAGGUUUGGCCGGACGGGUGGUUCGAGUAAUUAUCUGCUGUUCAAGCCGGACAGGGACACGAGGUGCUGAUCGGUGUUUUGCCGCUGAUUGGUAAACCAUCCAUGGUAUCUGUCUGGAGACCGAGCGGUAUUUGGACAGAGGUGGCAGCUGCCAACAAUUUGCGACAGACACCAAAUACAGUCGCAACAUGUACACUAAUAAGGACCAAAUUUUAUACGGUCGCAAAUGAUUACUUUUCUGGGACCAUUAUAAUGUCCUUUCGCAAAACUUUUUAACUUCCCGUCGCUAAAAUUUGAGUUUUUGUGAGUAGCGCCAAUCUAAAAAAAUUGCCGCCCAACUCACGGAGUAUAUUUUUCAUUUUUUUGUUUUCGCCUUUUACCGAAAAAUAUGUAACUUAACCCUAGAGCCGCACAUAACCUUUCAUUUGCCAUGGAAGAAAACCCUUACCGCUGCCUUCAAAUCAUCGGAGAGAAACGCAGCGAUUUGGGAAGCUACCAAGCCGGCGAAGAGUCUACAUCUGCACUCAAACUAAAGAAUCUUUGUUCUCUUCACUCUCGCGGUCUCAGAGCGGCUGGCGCAGCUCUCUUCUCUUCACUCUCGCGGUUUCACGGCGGCCGGCGCAGCUCUGUUCUCUUCACUCUCGCGGUUUCACGGCGGCCGGCGCAACUCUCUUCUCUUCACUCUCACGGUCUCGCCCCUCUUCGGUUUCAGUUCUUAGUAUUUCAACUCAAUCAUCCAGUAGUUGCAGCGGUUUCCCAGUUUCAUCCGUUCAAUAUGGUAUUCUUUCCUGUUUGAUUAAUCAUUAACCCAUUAUUGUUCACCAGGCUUUCAUAAUGGUGUUCCCAAUUUAUUUUAUUGUUAAUCUAAUUGAUUAUUGAUCAUUGUUGAUUAUUAUGGAGUAUUAAUUUUCAGAUUUUACUUUUUCGGAUUAGUGUGAAAUUUCAUAACAGUGUGAACCAUUGAUUAAUUGAUCAUACUAGUGUUUGACUAUAUAUGUGAGAGUAGUUGAUUCUGGAAGCUUUAUUUUGAGACCGAAUCUAUGCCACAUUAGGCAAUAUAUAUUUUUACAUUUUUUAUUCUCAAGAUUAUUUUUCAGACCACCAAUCACCUGUCAGUUGCUUAAAAUGAAAUGUUCAUCAAUGAUAAUGGAAGCAGCCAGCAGGAGAAAUCCAUAUACAACAACAACAACAUCCGUAUAAAUGAUUUAAAAUGUAUUAGAACAAAAACCAAAGAUUGUUAUGAGAUUAGCGAAUAAGGCAGAAUUUGAGAAGAAAAACCAGUAUAUUCGAACAUAUAGCAGCAUGUGGCAUAUACAGUUUUUAUCUUAGGCCAAUAGGUUAAGAUAACUCUUAAUUAUGCAUUUGAGGUACGUUUUUUAAGAUCCACAGUAUAUACUAUCCAAAAAAUAAUAAUUAGUAUUAUUUUGGUGAUUUUAAUUGGUUCCUUACGAAUUUAGGUGUGGCAAAGUUUCUUUCCUUGAUACACUUUGUUUAUUUUCAAGUGAAAAUGAUCAUGCCUUUAGUAUGUGGAGACCCAAUUUUAGAAUCUGAAUUGUUCGGUUGUGGAGGUUGAAUCUAAAGAGAUGAAGAAACUUCUACCAAACUGAAAUUUAACACAUCCUAUUGGUUUAAGGUAAUAAUUAUAUAUGUAAUGUUUCUCUUAUAAGGAGUUUUAUAUGCAGCUCAUCUCACCUUUUUUUAAGCUCACUUCACCUUUUUUUUUGCAGCUCACUUCACCUUUUUUUUGCAGCUCACUUCACCUUUUUUGGUAGCUCACUUCACCUUGUUUUGUAGCUCACUUCACCUGUAUCCAUGUUUUUACUGAAUAUGUUGACACAGAUUUCCCGAAUUUGCUUCACUUUCUAGAGUCAUGUUUGGUUUAUAUUUGUAUAGUCUCACCAUAAACCAAGAGAAGGAGCAUUCAAGCUGAAUGAUGUAUUCACCAUUACAAUGCAUGUUGUCCUGGCCACCACCACCCUCUUCUAUGAUUUCUUCCACAAAGGCAUCGCUCCUGGUCUCUUUUUCGGAGUCACAUAGAAGAUGUAUACUGUUAUGGGAGGCCAUCUUGGGAAAACAUGAAUCAAUCAUCAUAUUGGGCUGUUGAUAGAUAAUAGUGCUGAACUGUGGCGAGGUGACACGAGAUUAAAGCAAUCCUAUAAGGCGAUGAAGCAAAGACUAAAAUCAAGAUCCGAAGAUUGAUGUUUCAUUGUUUAAAGAUUGCAUACGUUUUGUAUAGGCAAUGGAUAUGCUGAAUAUUUGAUUAUUGACUACUUAAUUGCUUAUUUAUUAGUUUUGAAUUGAAAUGCGAGUGGUUAUGUAUGAUUUGGAUCUUUGCAAAACAUUAAUUAAUAUAUUAUAUUGUGUUUUCAUCAAUUAAUUA